AUGCCUCGACCGCCAGCGCGGCCGAACUCGCUGUGUCUAUUUUGCGCCUCUGCUGCCCGCCCACCAUCGACACUCAAACGCCUCCUCCCCCGUAUACAAGUCGCGCACAAAACUGAUGUAGCCAAAAACCCACACCUGGUGGGCAAGAGCCACUUCAAUCCCCUCCGAGGGAGUGCCUCCAACCCAUUCCGAUUCCAAAAGUCGCAAGCCGCCCCGGCCUUCUUCAUCACCGUCCGCAACCGACUCCAGAAGCUCAGAGAAGAGUUUGCCCAGCCGCAAUUCCUCGAAAGCCUACAGCUCAGUCGCGAAGACUUUGACCAGGAAUGGCUCACCUUUGAGCGCUCCAUCAACCUGUGGAUCAAGCAAGCGACGCCCGAGUUGCUCACUUUGGCCAGAGAAGAUUCACGGGGAAAGAGCACGCUCGAGGCGCGCCUGCGAUAUCUCUUCUAUGCCCAGACCUGCGGCGGACGCUUUACCACGGCAGAGCUGGAGAACCAGAAAGAGGUGGCAGACCUGCGCUAUCCCGCCGAGUGGUAUCCGGCCACAAGAGAAAUUCCACGCACAGUGCAUUUGCACGUGGGUCCCACCAACUCUGGCAAGACAUACCACGCCCUGAAACGCCUCGAGGAAGCUGAGACGGGCAUAUAUCUCGGGCCACUACGUCUCCUCGCACACGAGGUUUAUACCCGCCUGAAUGCAAAGGGCAAGCCAUGCGCUCUCAUCACAGGCGAGGAGCAGCGCAUGCCCCAGGGCGGCCGACCAACCAUGUUCAGCUGUACCGUGGAAAUGGCGCCCUUGAAUACAGCUUUCGACGUUGCUGUCAUCGAUGAGAUACAAAUGAUCAACCAUCGAGAUCGAGGUUGGGCGUGGACCCAAGCCUUCUUCGGAUUGCAAGCAAGAGAGAUCCAUCUCUGUGGAGAAGCGCGAACGGUACCGAUGAUGCGCGAGCUCUGCGCUCUUGUUGGCGACAAAGUCCACAUACACGAGUACGAGCGCUUGACGCCUCUUCAGGUUCAGCCUCGAAGUUUGAUGGGGAAGCUUCACACCCUUGAAAAAGGUGACUGCAUUGUCGCCUUCACAGUCUUAGGUAUCCAUGCGCUACGGCGAGAGAUUGAGAAAAAGACAGGCAAGAAAUGUGCCAUCGUCUACGGCAGUCUUCCCCCAGAGACAAGAGCUCAGCAAGCACGCCUUUUCAACGACCCAGAUAAUGACUACGACUUCCUGGUGGCUAGCGAUGCCAUCGGCAUGGGUCUCAAUCUUGCCAUCAAGCGAGUCAUAUUCGAAUCGACGAUCAAGAGCAAUGGCGUGCAGUACGUUCCUCUGCAGAUCUCGGAAGUGAAGCAGAUUGCAGGCCGUGCAGGUCGCUAUAGAACUGCACACCAAGCAGUCAGUGAUGAUUCCUCACAGAGUCCUGUCACCGAUACCACUGUUGACCCUACUAUUGGAUUCGAUGACCAGAAGCCGGAGAAAAAGCCUGGACAAGAGACAGUGGGAUGGGUCACAACACUUGACCAAGUUGACCACGACUACCUGAAAAUGGGCAUGGACCGUGAACCGGAGCAGAUCAAGUCGGCUGGCCUUUUCCCGCCGUCUGUCAUAGUUGAGCGUUUUGCAAACUAUUUCCCGCCUGGCACGCCUUUUAGUUAUAUCAUGUUGCGACUCCAUGAAAUAUCCGAGAUCCAUCCUCGCUUUCACCUUUGCGCGCUCAAGGAUCAACUAGCCAUCGCUGACAAUAUUCACUCUAUCAAAAACUUGAGCGUCCAGGAUCGUAUCAUGAUCUGCGCUGCUCCCAUCAACAUGAGAAACGUUGGCGAAAGGCAGUUUCUGCGCGCACUUGCCGAGUGCAUAGCUGACGGAAAGUCUGGAGAUUUACUUGACUUGGAGCCUUUGCCGCUUAACAUAAUGGAUAGGCCACCGUCUGGCGGCCGAGCGUACCUCUAUGAGCUUGAGCAGCUUCAUAAGAUGGUCGUAUGCUACCUCUGGCUGAGCUACCGCUUCCCGAACGUCUUUACAACAAGGACACUCGCCAACUAUACAAAAAAGCUAGUCGAGGAUAAGAUUGAAAAGACGCUAACAGAGUUCUCCUCCGUUGAGCAAGCAAGAUUGAGAAUGAGGAAGGACAGAGAGAAGGCGAGGAAAGAUUUGGACGAGCAGGGUGAAGAUGCUGUGAUUCAGCAGAUGGAAGGCCAUCAAAUUCCUGCGCCACCUGGAAUGCCGGAGGAAGCUAACGAUAUUAUCAAUGAUGCAGCGGCGUUUGCUAAGCCUAGUCCAUUGUCGGACGACGUAGGGGAAUAUCCGGAGGAGCCUUUGGCUGAACCUGCAGAUGAAGUUGGGGAUCUGCUAAAGCACCGGACACCUGGUCUAUCAAAUUCUCCAACGCCGCAGUCCAGCAUAUGA